UUCACGUAAACAACGUAUCAACGCAAUAACGGAGCAACGAAAGAGCGCAAUAAAAUCGAUGACGGCAACACAGCACCAACGAUACCUUACCUUAACAACAAUUUGAAGAAAUCAACUAAAUUAUAAAUUUCAUUUACUCAAUCGUCCGGGGGAGCCUUUUAUUGUCGACUCGUUAUGAAUGUAAUUGCUAAUCAAUGUAUUUCUAGUGAUUGUGACUGUGACUGUUAUUGUGCCAGACAGUUUAUUGUGUGUCAGAAAUAGUGUAAACAAAAUAAUAUCUGCUUUUAAAUUCGAUUCCAAAUACCAAUAUCAAUCGAAUCGAUUUUUAAACCAACCUGAACGAUUCCUACUGCUGACAUGUUGAUAGAGCCGAGCUUGAAUCGUGACUUUGGCUCGCUUACUGCUGCAAGUUCUGGCAUCGCGAGUGCACACUGGAAAAUGGAUCCUCAUCACCACCGUUUGCCCUCCUUGCCGCCGCAUGUGCCCAUUGUGUCGGCAGCGACAUCACCUUCCUCGGCAGCAGCGACAACAGCAGCACCAACAACUGUGCAAAUACCACCAGGUUUUAACGCUGCCAGCGGUGCACCAUCGGCAGCAGCAGCAGCAGCAGCGGCGGCCGCAGCAGCAGCAUCUGGUAAUACGCUCGGCGCUUUGAUGUCGCAGCACCGCCUUUUGGAGUUCUCCCGCUUUGGCGGUCUGCGCGGCUACGAUAUUGCUCAGCAUAUGCUAACACAGCAGGGCGCGGUUUCCAAGCUGCUCGGCUCAUUGCGACCACCUGGUCUAAUUGGUGGCUCCAAGCCAAAAGUUGCCACGCCGACAGUCGUCUCCAAGAUUGAGCAGUAUAAGCGCGAGAACCCGACCAUCUUUGCCUGGGAGAUACGAGAGCGCUUAAUCUCUGAAGGUGUAUGCACAAAUGCCACCGCGCCCUCGGUAAGCAGCAUCAAUCGCAUCCUGCGUAAUCGCGCUGCAGAGCGUGUUGCCAAUGAGUUUGCGCGCACAGCUGCAUAUGGCCUCUAUCCCCCCCCACCACAUCAUUACGGCAGCUUCACAUGGCAUCCGAGCAAUGUGGCUGGAAACUCACCGGUACCGCCGCCGCCCUCUGCCUUGUGGUCUGUAGCUGCUCCAACGUUGGCGAAUCUUCCAUCAAGUCCAGGCAGCACAUCUACAGUAGGCAUGAGCUUAAGCUCCUCGAAUCUUCUGAGUACAGCUGCGGCUGCUGCUGCUGCUGCCACCACCAAUCGCGCUGUUUCACCCGGCUCGGGUAGUCACGAGACCCUAGAGUCGGCUGAUGAGAAUAGGCAGAUCGAUUCCGAUUACUUAGAUGACGACGAUGAGCCAAAAUUUCGACGAAAUCGCACAACUUUCAGUCCAGAGCAGCUAGAAGAGCUCGAAAAGGAGUUCGACAAGAGCCAUUACCCCUGCGUUAGCACUCGUGAGCGGCUCUCCAGCCGCACCAGCCUCAGUGAGGCGCGCGUUCAGGUUUGGUUCUCGAAUCGGCGCGCAAAAUGGCGACGGCAUCAGCGAAUGAAUCUGCUCAAGCGACAGCGCUCCAGUCCUAACCCUAUGAGUUCGCAACAGUCGAACGACACUGCGGCAAGUCUCACAACAAGUUCUCCUACGCCCAGCACGCAUAGCAACGCCUCCGCAUCGACGACGCCGCAUGGUCACCAGAUGGUUGGAUGCUCAGAGCACUCGCCGCUGGCAGCAAAUCAGGGUCAGUCGCCACCAGCUGUUCUGCUGCAUCCACUUCAUGGACAUUCGCUUCCACAUGGUCUAUCUUCACAUCACCCCCACUUGCCUACGCAUCCACAUCCUGCCGCACUGCAACUACUCAGCCACUAUCAUCAGCAGCAGCAGCAGCACCAGCACCAGCAGCACUCACCAAGCUCGGGUGGAGCGGGUAUGUGCGGUAGUCCAACGACAUCUGGGUUGUCUAUGGGUGGGGAGCGUAGUGCCUUUCGGAGUCUGGUGGGGUCACCUUCGGCGGCGGCCUUUGCAUUGGGAUUGGCUCGGCAAUACGCUGUCGCAGCUUCUUUGACAGUAGGCGAAGAUCAUCAACGUUCUAGGUUGCAUUAUACUGGGACUGCGGGCUCUACUGUAAAUGUGGACAACUCCUCCUCCGAUUCGGAUGAGGAGAUCAAUGUGCAUGACGACUCUGACGCAGAUAUCGCAUCGCCGCCGGCAAAGGCGUCCCGCUUGUCAACCUCCGAGUCAUCAAGCGUGGCGACAGUGCAACUCCUAAAGCAUGACCGCUAAGGGAGCGCUCCCGUGGCGGCGUCGGCGGCAGCAGCUUCUAAUUGAAAACUUGAGUUGUGUGCGCGCUUGUGAUUGACGGCGACAGUAAGCAGUCACAGUCUCAACCGGCUCACCUUAGAACCCAGAUAGAGGGGGAAAGGAAAUUUCGAAAUGGAUGUUGCACAGUGAAACUUGAGAGGCGGUGGCGAUUGCGACAUUGUAAGCAGAACUACAAAUCGAAAACCAAAGCUAAAUUUGUGGAUCGUCCACUUGGGUGCGGAUUGCCGCAGUGAGAGUGUGCGUGUGUGUGUGUGUGUGUGUGUGUAUGUGCGUGUGUGUGUGUGAAUGUAAAUGUGCGGGUAUGUGUACAUGCCUAAAAUUAUGGUAAACUGAAAUUGUAAUUAAUACCAACUACCUACUGGGUGCAUAGCUGGCCCAUUUUGUUUGCGUUUCUAUUAAGUAUAGAACAAUACAAACCAAUUUAUUUAUUCAUCACCGGUUGAGCUAAACCGUAGGUUGCCAACUAGACCGACGGACCGGGCCGGACCUGCUUACCUCAUCACCAUUUAAGGCUAUAGCGUAUGCAAUAUUUAUCUGUAACUUAGCCCUACCCUAGCUUAAGUUUAGCUCAGUACUACGUGUUGACUGUCUCUAUAUACAUACAUAUGUAAGUAUGAUGUAUGUAUGUAAUCACUAGCUUGUAAGUUUUUUAAGUGCAUAUGUAUGUUUGUAUAUACAUAUGUGCA